ACUUUAUAGUCAGUGUUUAAUUUAAUUUUGCUAUUGUAUUCGUAUUUCGUAGUUCGUAAUAAUUGUGAUUAGAUUUUGUUAGUUUAGUUUAAUGAGUAAAUUUUAAUAUGUAUUCUAGAUGUGGAAGUAGUGGAUCUAUUCAAAAUAUUCAUCAAACUCCAUCAUCUUCUAAUCAUAAUUCAGAAGACGAAGAUGAUAGUGGCGACAACAAGGCAUCUGCGUUGAGUUUUAAAGAAAGAAGGCGAGAAGCACAUACACAGGCCGAACAAAAAAGAAGAGAUGCCAUUAAAAAAGGCUAUGAUUCCCUACAAGAACUUGUCCCUACUUGUCAACAAACUGACGCUUCAGGAUACAAGCCAAGCAAGGCUACUGUUCUUCAAAAAUCAAUUGAUUACAUACAAUAUCUGUUACAACAACGUAGACGCCAAGAAGAGGAGCGUAAUGCAUUGAGGAAAGAUGUUGUUGCUCUAAGAAUAAUGCAGGCCAAUUAUGAGCAAAUUGUUAAAGCUCAGCAUUCAGUUCCAGGUCACAGUGAACAGAGGCUCACUGAUCAGGAAAAGUUCCAAGUUUUUCAGGGUAUAAUGGAUAAAUUGUUUGAAUCCUUUGAGUCGGUAACGACAAACAACUUUGGUGAAUUUUCUGCGGGUGUCUUCAACUGGCUUGAGGAAUAUUGUAAGCCACAAUCGUUACGGACCUUAGUUCACGGCGUAUUGCGGGAACAAAGUUAUACACCUUGAUAAUAGUUAAUUUUUGUAUUCAAUAUGGCACUUCAUAUAUCUUCAUACCUUAAACUUAUAAAGAUACAAGCGGUAAUCAAUCAAUGUCAUAUUAUGAAUAAUGCUUCUAUGUACUUAUGUAUCAAGUGUGAAGUAUCAAAAAUUUUUGUUUUAAAUUAUAUACAAUGUGUCAAAAGAAAUUGAAUAUUAAACAACAUGUCUUAAUUAUAUCUUAGUUGAAUUGUUGAAUGAUUUAUUUUUAAUAAUAAGAUAUAUAUUUUUAAUGUUUAAUGGGUAGGAUAUAAAUGAAUUUGUGGCCUUUAAUUGCUGUGACGUUUAAAUACCUUAUAUCUUUACAACUAUAUAUAAAAUGUUAUUAUAUCUUCAUUACUUUUAUAUAAUAUUUGUAUGAGUGAUGAGAUUAUUUUAAAUUCCUAUUACAAAACAUUGUUAUGCUCAAGUGUAACGCUCACUAGAGUGAUUCCGCCUAACUUUUGAACCUAUUGUUAUGACAAUAUUGGUGCUAAUUCUGACGUAAAUCAAUGAUAAAUAUAUAUUAAUUCGUCGGUUUUCAACAUAUUUAAUACACCCAACUUAAAGAUUUCCGGCAAUCAAAGACUCAUAAAGUGUCCGUUCAAUGAAAAAAACGAAUUCGUGAAAAAAAUAACGUGUACGUUAGAAUUAGCACUUGUAUUGCACCGCAAAUAAAAUAUUUCCAUAAAAAGCCCUAAUAUAAAUAAAGACCGAAUGGUACAUUCAUUUUCUGACGAUUUAGAUUUGGGAAUGCUUGUUCCGUAAUGGAUUUGCUUUAAAUGUUAAAGUGUUCCAAACAACGUUAGGGAAACAUAUAAUAAUUUUAAUAUAAAUCUAUUCAAAAAUUGUUGUACUGGAACGAAAAAAAAUAUAUCAUGAUUAUCAUAUUUGUUGACUAAUUAUAAUAUUAUUGGAAUUAGGGAUAGCUGGUUAAUGCCUAUGUUGAUUAUGUCAUAUUUUAUCACGAUAAAUAUAUUUCUACUAUUUACAUUA